UCAUGUCCUGUGCUGUCCAGGGAUGUACAAAUGGCCGGUGCCCUUCGCUGUAAGGACAACGAGAGCCGACGAGACUCCGGCUGCUCUUCGUUCUUCCUCCGUAAAGCAGGCUGUGGAUUUGGGGGACACGUUGGAGAUGGAGCCAACAUUCCUGGUGGUCUUGGCAGCUCUUGUGGUCAGCAGGGCUUUGGCUUGCGGGGAUGACCCAUCCUCUUCCUCCUUCAAUGCCACGGGGAUUGUCUGCAGGCUCACCAAGGCAGGCGCGCUCGUGCUGAAUGAGCAAACUGCGCAGGUCAUUCAGACGGCGUUCCGACAUGCGGACUAUCCGGAUAUCAAAGGGGAGAAGUCUAUGAAUUUCCUGGGCAAAAUCGCCUACGGAUUAACAAACAUCCACAUCAAUGACUUGUCCAUAGAAGACAGCAAGGUCAACUUUAAGGAAGACGACGCCAUCGAUAUCGAAAUCCACAACGUUUCGGCCUCCUUCCAAGGGACCCUGAGCUAUGGAUAUGUAGGCGCCUGGCUGUUGAAACUCGUCCACUCCAUUGACUUCGAAAUCGCUUCCUCCAUCGAUUUCCAGAUAGACACGAAAUUGGUUUGUGAAAACGGGCAGAUGGUGGUGCACACGUCCAACUGUUACCUCACCUUCCAUGAACUGACCCUGCACCUCCAAGGAGACAAAGAUCCAGGAUGGUUAAAGCAGCUUUUUACAAACUUCAUCUCGUUCACCUUGAAGCUAGUACUCAAAAACCAGGUGUGUAAAGAAAUUAAUUUCCUGUCUCAACUCCUGGCAGAUUUUAUUAUGGGCACAGCAACAAACUUCCUCCAAGACGGAGAUAUCGGAAUGGAUAUUUCCCUGACGGCGCAUCCGGUGAUAAAUGCAAACUACCUGCAAUCGCAUCAUAAGGGCCUUCUCCUGUACAAGAACCAUUCCGGCACCUCACAGAAGUCGACAUUUGCACCGUCUCUGCUUUCGGAAUCCCGAAUGCUCUACUUCUGGUUUUCAGACCACGUUCUGAACUCUUUGGCCUUGGCAGCCUUUCUGGACGGACGCUUGGAAAUGACACUCGCCGGGGAGGAAUUGCAGAGAAUGUUGGAAAGUGAAGAGUUGAAAGCUCACCAUGGGAUCCUGCAAGAGAUUUUCCAGGGCUCUUCCUACAACGACUCGGUGGCCAAAGUGUGGAGCCUGGAUGCCCCACGGAUCUCCCUCCAUCCCCAAGGGACCGUGGUGGAGUCCUCCGUGGCCGUGGAGCUGAGCAUUUCUCCCCUGGGAAAAGGACCUUCCGCGGUCCUGUACUUUGAGAAGGAUGUCACCGUUACGAUCCAAGCUUCGUACGAGCAAAAGAAGUUGGUCUUGCACCUCUCCCAUGCAACGAUAGAACCCAGAACAGUUAAGAGCUCCCCAGAGAUCGAUGUGGAUGACGAGGCGCUUGGGCACUUUUUGGAGAAAAUAAUUUCCGUUGCUGGAAUCCCAGAAGUGAUUUCACGACUGGAACCAGUGCUCACCUCUUUGAUGGACAGCAAGGGACUCUACCUGUUCGAAAUCAAAGAUCCCGAGAUCGUAACCGAAAAGGGCUACUUCAUUAUCCAGUUGGACUUUGCUUUUCCACACUCUUUGCUGAUCGAUUUCUUGAAGACGGCGCUAUAGAAGACACCUUGCAAGGAAAACCUGCACCAAACCAAAGGAAAACACCCAUUGAAGGUGUUUUUUUCCAGGCUUAGAACUAUGGUUGAUGCUCUACUACAUGGAGGAGAUGCAAUGCAACUUCAUGCUCACAGUGUGCAACUCUUUUCUUCCUUGGAAAAAGUCUGCUCGGCCUCAAAACAACAGAAGGCACCAUUGCUUCCUAUUCGGGACUCAACGAGGCUUAACGAGAAAUUUUGUAUUUGUUUGUUUUUUGAAAACAAUACAUGAAAUGACAUAAAGAUGAAUAAAUCAUAAACAAACGGAAUCGCACGUUGUUCCCGAUCUACCGGACAAAAGAGACAAAGCAAAGCAAUGCAGUAACACCAGUAUAAUAGGAUAUAUCAGGCAUGGGCAAACUUUGGCCCUCCGGGUGUUUUGGACUUCAACGCCCACAAUCUUUUUCAUGUUUUUUUUUAAUUGUUUAGCAUUACACAACGAUAAUAAAGCAAUACUAGGACUU